AUGUCUCAUAAUCAAUUCCUCGUUUUUGAUCCGAAAAGGAAACGUGGUCAAUCUAUAGAAGCGGCAAUGGCGUCCAUUUCAAAUAUGAUCAACAGCCUUGAUAACGAAGAGGAAACAGGUACGAAUAGUUCAAUUGACAACCGUACAGGAUACCAAGGAGAUGAAACUACAGAAAAUAUAGAAGAUGACGUUUUAGACCCAUUCACACUUCCUCCAAACACGAUCAUGACUCGUCAAGACACAUUUGGCGAGAUCCCACAACCAUCUUUCAUGGCCCCAAGACAAUCAAGUGAAAGAUUCAGUUUACCGAGCUCCCCAAAAUGGAGCUGGAAGAGUGACAAUGCAAGUGGAAACGAGACUUUUCAUUCGUUGGAAAGGAAUCCCUCUUUGGAUUACGGUUCAAGUGCAUCGAAUGCAUCAGUAAGGGAAGCAAGGAGGGUAUCCAUUAGACAGUCUUCCACAAUGAAGCGCUCACCGGAUGUGGACACAUUGCGAAAAUCCUACAGCUGUGGUAACUUUCAUUUAAGCGGACAAGGCAUGAUUACUCCAACACAAGAAAGAUAUGAAGGCUUUCCUUACAAGAUGACAAACGUACCAACUUUGAAUCUUGCUAGGCACACACGCGAUUCAUCAUUUUCAAUCUCGAGUCCGGAAACGGUUUUGACAUCGUAUUUUUCCGAUACGGAAGAUAUUGAAACUCCAGAAUCUCCCUAUUUCAAUACGCAUGAAGAUAAUUUCUCACCAAAGCCAACAUUACGUCAAAUUCGAAACAGCUUUUUGGACCCAGGUCCAAGUAGAGAAAGCUCUGCGAAUGGUUUCAAAAUUAAACCUUUGACUUUGACGUUAUCGCCUAGGACGAAAUCAGAGGCGAUCAAUAAGAUCAUGCGAGAAAGAAAAGAUUCUUCAAAUGAUCACAGGGGUGAUCAUCAUACCAUGGAUGGUACUCCAAUGCGCUAUCAUAAUUCAGAGCCAAUCAAUGAAGCUGAACGGUUGAUUCAGAGCUAUUUUGCUGAUACGAAUCUGAUGCGUCAACAUUUGUACAACGAGUAUAACGCAACACAGCAACAAUCUCAACCUGAUGCAGAAGUGCGACAAAGUUCAAUCGACUUAUUUAAGUCGGAUGCUGAAGUAUUAUUGGACAUUUCUACUGGCGGCUGGGGAGGAAAAUACAGUACAGGCGAGGAUGUACCGCCUUUGUUGUAUCAUGAAAGUUCAGCAGAAUAUUUCCGUGAACAAAUGCCGGUUAUGAAAGCAGAAAAAAUGGUUGAAAACGAAUUUCUCGAAACGAUUGAUUCUGAUCAAACACCUACCAAGGAAAUUCCAACAAAUCUGCUGGCAAUACAAACGCCUACCAAUGAGUUCGCAACAGAUCCACUAGCAACACAAACACCUACUAAGGAACUUACAGCAAAUCCACUUGCAACACAAGCACCUAUCAACGAAUCUGAACAGAAUCCAGUCGCCACGCAAGUACAGCUCGGUGAAAGUGCAAAGAAUGAGACCACUACGGUUACACAAAAGAAAAAACCGCAAGCAUUGCAAGUACAAAAGAAGAAAAAGCUAGCACCUCCAAUCAUUCCUCCAAAAUCACCUCGUAGACCACAAACGGCAAUGAUGAGAUCUGCAUCUCGUUCGUUGGAUAUUGAACGGAUUCCCGGAUUGGCAGAAGAAUUGUCAAAAACACAAGAAAGUGUUCCCGAAGUCCCAAUUCUUGACAUUCCAGUCAAAAGAAAAGACUUUGUGGAUGACCUGAAACCGGAGAUAAAGCAAACCCCAGUUCCGAUGCCUGUCAAGCCACGCAUGUUACGAUCAUCAAGAAGUGAAAAUGCGUUGGAUCGUUUUUAUAAUUCUGGACAGGCUUCCAUGAAAGGAGAAGAUCCAUUGCUGACAGAUGAUAGAACAAGCUUGACUUUAUCUCGAUUGGGUUUCAAUUCCAAUACGAAUUUCAACAUGAAUUUCAAUACCAACUUCAAUACCGAUUUCAAUGCAAACUUUGCAAAAUCUCAUCAACUUUAUAAACCCAAACUUGUUGAUUCUGGAUCAGAUGAGGAUCUUGCAUUUUCGACAAACGUGACACCUUCUUCACAACGAUCUUCACGUUUGAUCAGAUCUGUUGCCGCUUUGAAAUCUCUCAGUAAACGAUUCACAAGUCGCAAAAGUCAAAUGGUCGACUUUACACAAAAAAUUCAAGCCAGCAAAGAAGCUUUGGAGAAAAACACAACGAUGACGAAGAAUCCAGAGCCAACGGAUUAUUCUGUCAGGAACACCUCGCCAAUCUCACCUGGAAAACGUUUUGAUCAUCAUGCGAGUAAUUCAGACCCUCUUCGAGACACAAAUCCAACUGACUUUGAGAUGGAGAGAAGUCGAUCUUUUUCACCUGUCCAGCAAACUCAUCCACGCAGCCCAUGGCCCAACAAAAAGGCUCCCAAAUCACCAAUGGUCGCAGCAAACAAGACUCAAAACUACUUUUGA